ACAAAUCCACACCAAUCAAACACAUAUAAACAACUGAACUAACGCAUUGACCAACUAAACACGCCAUGAUUUUUUUUCUCCCUCUCCCUAAACAUGCCAUGUAAUUUGAUCGCCACAUGCGGCCCCUCCCUGAGCUGAGCAUGCAGAGCUCGCGUUGACGGCGGCAGCAGCAGCAGCAGCAGCUUGAUCGAGCCAAGAAAGCAAUGAGCUCGCCACCGGCGAACGGCGGCGGCAGCCAGUACGGUAUCUUCGGGCCGAGCGGCAUCAACGGGUUCGGCUACGGCGUCGGCGUCUCCAUCGGCGUCCUCCUCAUCGUAUCCACCAUCGCGCUCGCCGUCUACUUCUGCACCCGCACGUUCAUGCCCGUGCCCGCCGCCGCCACCGCACCGGCGCCGCCGCUUCCCGGCCGCGACGUCGAGCAAGGCAUCGACGAGGCGACGCUGGAGGCGUUCCCGGCUGUGGCGUACGCGGAGGCGAGGAAGGCUGCGAGGGGCCGGGAGGCGGCGCAGGCGUGCUGCCCCGUCUGCCUCGAGAAUUACGCGGACAGCGAUGUGCUCCGGGUGCUGCCGGACUGCGGCCACCCGUUCCACCGGGAGUGCGUCGACCCGUGGCUCCGGCAGCGCCCGACGUGCCCCGUCUGCCGGACGUCGCCGCUGCCGAGCCCCGUGCCGACGCCGCUCGCCGAUGUCACGCCGCUGGCGUCCGCAAGGCCAUCGUGAGGGUUCUUGCACUCGUGCCUUCGGUGCUCUCUGCUUCGUUUCUUGUGAUGUUCCGGUGAUCCAUUUCUUUUGUAGAUGACACGGUGUAAUUAGGGAGCGAUCAGUUUAAUUAGGAGUUAGGAAAUUUGUUUUAUCCGGGUGUAAAAUUUGGGUAUAUUUUAGGUCAAUCGAGAGGUUUUGUUUCUGAAUAAUUUGCAAUUCGAUCAUUUUACACCUCUCUGUACAAAUUGUUUGAUGAAUUUGCGUAAAAUUUGCUCAAAACACGAUUUUUUUUAAUCUCAGAUUACAAGAGUG